AUGAUUAAGUUCAUUUCACUCGAUAUUGAAGAAAAUCCAAAACUAGCCCAUUUACAUACUGUUCGUCAAGCACCUGCUUUUAGAAUUAUCACAAGUUCAUCAUCCGUCGAAUAUCGUGACGAACAUGUAGCCGAUGCUUUCAUUAAAGCAGCAACAAAAUACAUCAAAAAUUACGCUCAAACAAUUGAUGCAUCAUGGGCUCCGUCAGCAAAAACACCACUAUCUGCAAUACUUAUAACAAAUAAGAAGGCAGUUCCUCCAUAUUGGGCGGCUCUUUCGAAUAAAUAUUAUGAAGCCAACAUUAGAAUAGGUGUAAACCGAAACCCAGCCAUAACAGAGCUUUUUGGUGUCAAAGAGCAGAAUUGCAUCUUAUUUGUUUUCAAUAAUAUUGUUUCAGUUUAUGAAGGUCAGCUUACAUUCACAGCAAUCGAUGAAGCUCUGGAGAAAUUCGUUGCUAAUCCAAGCCAAAGUGGAACUACUGAUACAUUGAUCGGAGAACUCGAUUCUAAAGAAAGAAUCGAUACUCUCUGCCAUAAUACAGGAAAAGUAUGCGUUCUUGAAGCAUCACAAGAGCCAUCAAAUGAAUACCGUGAUGCAGCAACAAAUAACAAAGAUGAUCGAUUUAAAUUUUACGUUUGUGGCAAAAAUUGUCCGUUCAACAACAUGAAAGGAUACUAUAUCUUCCAUCAUCGUAACGAUAAGGCAAUGAAAGUCGAAACAAUUCAAGAGCUUCCUACUGCUUUAGAUCAUGUCGUUGAUGGAACUGCAAGAUAUUCACUUUAUCAGAGGCUGUUCAAGAAUAAUGAAGAUUUGUAA